AUGAUGUCUCGUUUUUCACCCGUGCGAUUCCUGGCGGCCGGCGUGUCCAAAUUGGCCGCCACGAGGAAGGCAGCGUCUAACCUAUUAUCGCUUCACACGAGCGCGACCUGCAAAGAGCCAGGCGUCAAAAGGCCACGCGACGAAGAACCAGCCGGUCAAGAGCCAGCCAGCAAAAAACCACGCGUUGAGCCAGCCCGCAAAAAGAAAAAAGCAAAUAUUCUUGCAAAGCCGAGAGGACCUUUUGCAACCGAUGCACCGCAAGUGGCAGUGGUAGUCAGCGGCUGCGGCGACACCGACGGCAGCUCCAUACUGGAGACCACGUCGCUGGCCGUGCAUCUGCAUCGCUGCGGACUGGCCGCGGAGCUGUUCGCGCCCAAACAGGAAAAUAAGCAUUACUUCGUGUUCGAGACGAGGGAAUUCAAGAAGAACGUAGUAAAUGAUGGGGACAUUGAGAUUCCUAUUAAGCCGACGCGCAAUACCCUGUCGGAGGCCGCGCGUCUUCUCGUCAAUCACCCGGUGCGGCCGCUCGAACAACUCGAUCAUCGGAGGUACAAGGCGCUCUUUAUUCCCGGUGGCGCCGGCGUCGGCUACAUCUUAAGCAACUUCCUCAAUGCAGCCAACGCGGCUGUAGUAAAUCCGUUCCUUCAUUUAAACAUCCAAGAUUUCUAUAAGAGUAAAAAACCGAUCGGCACUAUAUCUUACGGCGGUAUUCUGGUCGCCAAGUGCAUACCGAAAGUGCGAAUCACCAUCGGACGUUCAGACGGCGAUAGGUGGCUGCCGAGAGAUUUGAUCGGUCUCGCGACCGCAUUGGAGGCCGAGCACGUGGACAAGCGGGCCGACGAGACGUGCGACGACGACGAGCGCUACGUUUACAGCACGCCCGGCCUCACCGUCAGGACGGAUCCUCGACACGAGAUUUUCAACGGCAUCGGUAAACUCGUCGACGCGAUAAGUCGAAGGAUCAAGGAACUCGACGGAAAGCUUGACGAAGGGGCUGCACCAUUGCCACAAGUUGAGGGCAGUAAUCAACAACAAAUUGCAGGACAAUAA